UCAGUCUGCUGUGAAGACACCUCUGAAACACCCGACAAACAAGGCUAAGACAGCAUCGGUCUUUGCAGCGUUCACUUCUGUUGAAGUGAAAUGGCCUCUGUUUAUACAACCUUAGCAAUCAUAGGAAUGAUUUUUGUGUCUCCUGUUCUAAUCCCAGCAGUGUUUUUUGGGGCGGUAUGUUAUGACUUUUUCUAUUCCGAUAUCCCGCCUGGAAUCGACCAACCUCUAAAGCUUCGUUUGUUCCACUCAGUCUUGAUUGCAACCCUGGUCUUGGGAAAGAUUUUGGAGAAGCUAAGGAUCUGCAAUGAUUUAAGCAUACUGCGAAUUGUCCUAGAUGGAAUUCCACCAUGGAGAGAUUCAAAACUCCUUACCAAAGAUCUUAAAGUAGAUGAGGUACCGGUGAGGAUUUAUCAGCCCAAAUGGCCACCGACCAGCAAAAGAAGAGGAGUUCUGUAUUUUCAUGGAGGCGCUGGCACAUUUGGGAGCAUUAGGGCCUUCGAUAGAGUAUGUCGCUACAUUGCCAAAAAAUGCAACUCAGUGGUCAUGUCCGUCGGUUAUCGCUUGGCUCCUGAACAUCCAUACCCAGGGCAAUACCUGGAUUGUCUCACUGCUACCUUAUACUUCAUGAGGAAUUGCGAGGAGUAUCACGUGGAUCCUGCUCUCAUCAUCAUCGGCGGUGACAGCUGUGGAGCUAAUUUUGCUACGGUUAUCUGCCAAAUAUUGCUGAACAAAAGAGAUCUCCCAAAAGUACGUGCUCAGGUCUUACUUUAUCCAGGACUACAGGCGCUAGAUUUUCAUUUGCCUUCCUAUCAGCAGAAUGCUUCAGUCCCCAUAUUGUAUCGGAAGCUCGUUAUCUACUUCUGUUUUCGUUAUCUUAAUAAAGAACGAACAGCUAUGGAAGAUGUCCUACAGAACUGCCACGUUCCUGAGAGUAUGAAAAGCAAGUAUAAAAAAUGGAUAAGCGCUGACAUUAUUCCUAAUGAAUUUAAGAUUAGAGGCUACGUACCUCAUAAAUCCACUCCAUAUAAACCUGAAGUCCAUGAAGCAAUCAAGGAAAUUUUAGCAAUAACAUUUUCCCCACUUUUAGCUGAAGACUCUGUUAUUCACCAGCUCCCUGAGUCCUACAUUGCCACCUGUGAGUUUGACGUGCUUCGGGACGAUGGGCUGUUAUACAAGAAGCGAUUAGAGGACAAUGGCGUUCGAGUGACCUGGUAUCAUGCUGAGAGUGCUUUCCAUGGAAUUUUAGCCUUUUUUGGCUAUGGGAUUUUUUCCUUUUUAUCUGCAGAAAAGAUAAUGGAUAGGACUGUGGAUUUUAUUAACAGUCUAUAAAAGUAUUUUUCAUAGAAUCAUAGAAUCACCAGGUUGGAAAAGAUCUCUUAGAUCAUUGAGUCCAACCAUUCCUAUCAGAAAUCUCACAUUAUCCUUGGCAAAUUUACACUUGGCAAAGAACGCAAAUAUUUGUGGUUUAUGCUUUGGAUAUUGACUGCAUUUUAUACUUUUUGAUUUCUGCUUCUGCAGUGACUCUCAAACAAAUGUUAAGACUAUUUAAAGCACCACCAUUCUAGAAAACAACAUUACAAAGCCACAGAGAUAAGAUGGAGAUGGCACCAGAUUAUCCUCUCACUGUAACGCUGUGGCAAUUCUGUGAUGCUUUCAGCAAAAAAAUAAAAACUAGCACUUCAAAUAUGUCCAAUUCUGGAAUCCUCAAAAUAAGAAGGAGAUGGAGCUGUUGAAACAGGUCCAGAGGAUGCUACAAGAAUGAUCAGAGGGCUGGAGCACCUCCGGUAUGAGGACAGACUGAGAGAGUUGGGGUUGUUCAGCCUGGAGAAGAGAAGGCUUCAAGGAGACCUUAGAGUGACCUUCCAGUACCUGAAAGGGCUACAAGAAAGCUGGAGAGGGACUGUUCACAAAGGCUUGUGGGGAUAGGAUGAGGGGCAAUGGGUAUAAACUGGAGAGGGGCAGAGUUAGACCGGACAUAAGGAAGAAUUUCUUCACCAUGAGAGUGGUGAGGCCCUGGCCCAGGUUGCCCAGGGAAGCUGUGGCUGCCCCAUCCCUGGAGGUGUUCCAGGCCAGGUUGGAUGGGCCUUGGGCAGCCUGAGCCAGUGGGAGGUGUCCCUGCCCAUGGCAGGGGGGGUGGAGCUGGAUGGUCUUUAAGGUCCCUUCCAACCCAAACUAUUCUAAGAUUCUGUGAUUCUGUUUCUGUUACAAGAGAAAGUUACGUUUGCUGAGCACAAACUCUCUAAUAAAUCUGAAUUAAUACCUUGUGGUGAAAGGAACAAUGCAACACUGGAAGGCAGAGACCACAAUCUUGAUAAUUCUACCUUGUAAAAUCUGUACUGUGCCCAGUAAUUAAUUAACCAGACAACUGGUCUAUCUAUGACUAUCGUAUAUGAUCACAUCACUGUGGAAACAAUCCAAACUGGCAGUACAGAAACACUAUUGGGUGGGCUAUUUUUUAAAAACCUGGACUUUUGCUGGUUUUAAACAAAGUAUUUCCUUGUUCCUCAGUAUAUUUUACACCGGCCAUGUGCCCUAUUAAAACCACCCAGUUUGUCACUGGAAAAAACGAUGAAAUUUCAUAACUCAAAUGCCAUAGUACUUUCUUCCCAUCACUUACAAUUUAACUUUAAAAACAAUUACAACAUGGCUGCUUAACUAAGUGAUAUUUUUACCUCUUUGGUUUCCCUGGGAAUUUGCAAUUUCAACAAUGUUCUGACAUCCUAGUUGUUUGCAGAGCUGCAGAUUCAGAUUCACAAUUAACAUCACAGGCAUAAUGUGAACCAUAGUAUCUCUACUUUUGCACAAUCCCAUUCUACAGCAAGAACACAAUAAAGUAGUU